AUCGUGUAAUCUUUUGUUCUCUGACUCCGACAGUUCCAGAUUUACAUAAAAUUAAGUGAACAAGGCUGGUGAAAAUAGCCAAUGUAUAAAUCAGAAGCAAUAUAAAAUAAAAUUGGAAGCAAGUUGAGCCAUCGUUUGGAUUUAAACAAGGAUCCCUCUGUGUUCUCAGGUAAACCAAGAGGACUCUGGUUAAUCUGCCCGUUCUGCUGCCCUUGAUGCAAUGACCUACAAUACUUCAAUCAGUAACUUAGACUGUAAACCUCAAGAGCUAGUUAUUUUCAUCCCUAUUUUACUAAGUGUGAUUUUUCUAAUUGGUUGUGUCCUGAGUGUUUUGAGCAUUUAUACCUUUUGGUUUCGCUUCAAGAAAUGGAAAACGGGGAUGAUCAUCCAGUUCAAUCUGGCUUUAUCAGAUAUGACAAUCCUGCCGGCAGCACCAUUUAUGAUCAGCUCCUUCUCCAUGGCGAAUCAUUGGCCAUUUGGACAGUUCCUGUGUCAGUUUAAAGUGUUCUUGUUAUUCAUACAUAUGUAUGGCAGUAUCUACUUUCUCACUUUGGUGAGUGUGCAUAGGUAUAUCACAGUUGUACGUUUAACUAAACACAAUAUUUUUAAGAACCAAAGAUUUGUGAAGUCAGCUUGCAUAGGCAUAUGGAUUUUCCUCUUUAUAAGUGCAUUGCCAUUCUUUUUUGUCCUCAAGACGUCUGAAGGGUACAACAUUACCCAAUGCUUGCGUAUACACCAAACUGAAUUGUCAACUGUCUAUUUUACAUGGAGCAUGGUCAUUUUAUUUCCUGGGUUCAUCAUUCCAUUUGGCGUUUCCAUCACUUGCUAUAUCCUGCUUGGAUCUUAUAUAGUCAAAAUGGACACCACCCUUGCAAGUGGAAAGGCAAUGAAAGUGAAAUCAAUGGGGAUGAUUGCUGUGUCUCUAGUUACAUUCGUUGUUUGCUGUCUGCCAGUACAGGUGUCACGUUUAGUUGCUGUUACAGUGAAACAGUUCCACCCUGAGAAUUGCAGGUUGCUGUACAAGAUCGAAGAUAUUUAUUACACGUCUAUUGUGCUUGCCAAUGUGAACUGUUGUCUGGAUCCUCUACUCUAUUGGUUUUCCAGCAGAAAAUUCCAAGAAGCUUUCAAAAGUACUCUAAGUGCAUUCAGAUGUCUUUGUAAAGAGCCGAAUCAAAGUAGCUUCAACACAGAAAACUCAUCUACAGCAGCAAGACCCAUUGAUUAGACAAUUAAAUGUUUUGACAGAGUUUAAUAUCAAUGACCCUUCAUUGUACUUAUAAUUAUCUUAUACGUGAACGCAGUUGAGCACAUUUUAGUGAAUCAAUUACAACUAGAGAACUGCAAGAUGUCACAUUUGAAUUAUUACCUCCAAAAAUACAGAUGUUUCAUUGGCUAUGGUUGUGUUGAAGUGUCUUGACAGGUGAACAAUGCUGUAUGAAUGCCAAGUUUUUUUGGUCAACAUUAAAAGUAUUUUGUCAAAUGAAAUGCCAACAACCAGCAAACAUUUCCUGGCUCCACUUUCUACUGAAAACGUUCUAAAUGUAAAAUAAUAUAUUUUCAGUGAUACUAUUCCAAUAUGGAGAAAGAAAAAAAAGCAGCUUUGCCAGAUAUUGGUAAUAAUAGAUGCAGCAAAGCAACAAGAAACCUUACUUUCAGGUGUUUGAUUCAGAAACUGUUUCAAUGGGUUGUGCAUAAAAGGAUUGCAUGCUUCACUGGGUUCUGGGUCAGAAUUUUGCUCAAUGAAAAGGUGUCAAUGUCAGGAGGUCUCAAAUACUGGAAAGCAGAAACAAUGCUUUGUGUAACUGGUUCUUUGAGAGUCAUUUCUCGAUGCAAACACAGUUAAAGUUGAAAUGAGCUCAGAGUUCUGUUGCUUCACAGGAAACUCAAAAAACAAUUUAUCACAAAUACAAUUCCCUAAACUGAAUACCAGCAUGCAAUUGCAAGAUAAUCUGAAAACAGAUAUUUACAGGAGCAAAGUUACAAAACCGUGUAGAAACCAUAGUUGACAAAUCCAAAAUUGUAGGUUUACCAGAACACCGUUGACUUUUAAUUCUACAGAGUGUUUCAUCCAUCCACAUUAAGAUUAUGUCCUGAAAGGCAGCCUGAUUGACAAGCCUGGCUGCUUCUCAGGAAUGGAAGCAGCAUCGAGGAGUCAUAGAGUCGUGGAGAUGUACAGCACAGAAUCAGACCUUUCAUUACAACUUGUCCAUGUCAAUCAGAU